AGCCUGGUGCUGCCUUUACCAAACGUCGACCUCUAUCUCAAGUCGCCAAGAUACCCCAACACGCACAUAACAUGUCUUCCUCUCUCGAUCAAUUGAAGGCCUCCGGCACCGUUGUCGUCUCCGACUCCGGUGACUUUGCCUCCAUCGGCCAGUACAAGCCCCAGGAUGCCACCACCAACCCCUCUCUCAUCCUCGCUGCCUCCAAGAAGCCCGAGUACGCCGCUCUGAUCGACGAGGCCGUCCAGUACGCCAAGUCUAAGGGCGGUGACGUCGACCACCAGGUCGAUGCCGCGCUCGACAGCCUCCUCGUCCAGUUCGGCAAGGAGAUCCUCAAGAUCAUCCCCGGCAAGGUCUCUACCGAGGUUGACGCCCGCUUCUCCUUCGACACCAAGGCCUCCGUCGACAAGGCCCUUCACAUCAUCGAGCUCUACGCCGAGCAGGGUGUUCCCAAGGAGCGCGUCCUCAUCAAGAUCGCCUCCACCUGGGAGGGCAUCAAGGCCGCCGAGAUUCUCCAGCGCGACCACGGCAUCAACACCAACCUGACCCUCAUGUUCUCCCUCGUCCAGGCCAUCGCCGCUGCCGAGGCCGGCGCCUUCCUCAUCUCCCCCUUCGUCGGCCGCAUCCUCGACUGGUUCAAGGCCGCCAAGAAGCAGGAGUACACCAAGGAGACCGACCCCGGUGUCAAGUCACCCAACCUGCUCGAUGAGCUCCUCAAGUCUCAGGAUGCCGUCCCCAAGAAGCUCGACGCCGCCGCCGCGUCGAGCCUCGACCUUGAGAAGAAGAGCUACAUCAGCGAUGAGGCCCUCUUCCGUUUCGACUUCAACGAGGACCAGAUGGCCGUCGAGAAGCUGCGCGAGGGUAUCUCCAAGUUCGCCGCCGACGCCAUCACCCUCAAGGACAUUAUCAAGCAGAAGAUCCAGGCGUAA